UCGUCAUUCCGCUUCCACCACGGUCGGGUCUGUGAGUGUGAGUGUGUGUUGUUUCUCCUGACCGCUCUGCAGCGGCAGCGCGUGGCCAUGCUCGCGCUCAUGGAAAGAUAACGGGUAACGGGGCCGCGCUCUCGGUAACGGACGCUGGUUACAGCGGAAGGGUUUUGUUUUGCGUGUGUUUUGCUGAAGCUUUGGCGCGAAUACUGAUCGCUGGACUCGAGAGAACGGUGGUUAGCUAGUUGCGUUAACGUUAGCUGUAACGUCAAAACAUUCGAGCGUUACAACGUCAGAGUGGUGGUAACCGGCAGCUAGGACGUUACAAGGUUUGAACAGCGGGACAUCAGAGCGGUUACCGGAACGAACAUUUGACCGUCCGUAUCCCGGAGCGUUCCAAGGAAGCCCAGCAUCGCAGGAAUUCCAAACCGUAACCGUCACCGUGUGCGCGUGCACGCGCGUGUGUGUUCGUGCGCGCGCCUCCGGUUCCGAUGGCGAGGAACACGCUGCCCUCGCGGUUCCGCGGGCUGGACAUCGACGAGUAUGACGAGAACCGGUUCGUGGAUGAGCAGGACGAGGCGGCCGAGCAGCAGGGGCCGGACGGAGCCGAGGUGGAUGCGCUGCUCAGGAGAGGAGAGAUGAUUACCGCGUUCCACAUCGCUCUGAGGAACCCACCCAUCAACUCCAAAAACCCAGCUGUGAAAGAGCGAGCCCAGGCUGUGGUGUUGCGGGUGCUGACCUCGUUUAAAAGCAGUGAUAUUGAGCCAGCAGUGAAGUCACUGGACAGGAACGGGGUGGACCUGCUAAUGAAGUACAUCUACAGAGGCUUCGAGAAGCCCUCAGACAACAGUAGUGCCAUUCUGCUGCAGUGGCACGAAAAGGCGUUUGCUGUUGGCGGUUUGGGGUCGAUUGUACGGGUGCUGACAGCAAGAAAGUCUGUUUGAAAAGAGCAGCUGAAGAAGAAUAAACAAGAGCGCCACAGGAUCAGUCAUUAUUCUCCUAUAUACAGACAGCUUCCUUUUUUCACAGCUCUAAUCAUCUCACCAAACUGCUAGGAAUGUUGUCAAAGAGGAGAGGACCACGCAAACCCGGUUUAUUUUACUCAGAAACUAUCCGUGCGCUCCAGUGGGGAAGUGUGUGCUUGAAUUUAAUGUAAAUUAUUGAUUCGUUUAUUUACCUCCUGGAGUUCUAAGAGUUCUAAGAGUGGCCUGAUGCAUUUUUUCCAUUUCUAAGUGAACGGUUUUAGGUUUUGGUUCAGAAGUUGGAAGAAGAGAAGAAUAAGAGAAGGAGCAUCAGUGGACGGACUGACUGAAUGACUGACUGACUGUUCUGCAUUCGCCUUGAAAGCCUGUUUCUUGGCAUCCAAACUGUGAAAGCUUCAAAAGGGGUGUGUUUGUGUGUGCGCGCUUGUGUGUCUGGCUGCUGGUGCUCCUGGGGGAAAAAUAGUUCUUGUUUCUUUAGUUCCAAAAAAAGUUUUUCUUUUGUACAGAAAGGAAAAAUGAUUAAUAUAUAUAUAUAUAUAAUAUAGAAUUGCAGUGGAAUUGCGAUAUCUUUUGAAGUGUGGGGUGGGGUCAAAUGGGGUUCUUGUGAAGUGCCUGGUGCAAUAAAGAUCAUAAAUCUG